AUGACAACUCCUCCCGAUGCCGCCCUCUUAGCAACGACCAGCGACUCCCUCGCGCCGCUCAUCCCCAUCCUCAAUGGUUUCGCCCAUCGUCACAAGAACCAGCAUUCUUCCUCGCACUGGUGGUCCUCCUUCUCUGUGCUGCGCCGCGCAGUCCGUAACCUCGUCGACGACCUCAACUCCCGGCCUAGAAAGGUCAAAUCUGGCAAUGUCAAGCGUGAUGUCCAUCCUGCUCUCGCGCGUGCAAAAUGGAUGAUGCGCCAUGUAGUCCCUGGCGCCUUUGUCACUUUCUCACAACUUGCAGCUGAUAACCAGCAUGCGCCUCUCGGACUGCUCCUCCUCUCAGUUCUUGCUCGAACCAACACUAUACUCUCCCAACUCGUCCCUGACCACGACCACAACCCUCAAAUCUCGACUAGUACAAAGACAAUGCUUUCGGAGCCAAGCAAGCUUAAGACUUCCGAUUCAAGAGCGGACGACGCACCUGAUACCGGAGUAGACAUGGGCGUAGCCAUUUCGCGUGACGAGCUUCUGUCAACUCAGUCAACUCGGAGGAAAACGAAACCAGUACCGAGAGUAGACUCCCACUCGAAAGACCUCAAGCUGAAAGAAUAUGAGACCAAAACGACACAUACAGACACCAAGAACAUUCCGUCCAAAAGCGACACCGUAGACAAACCAAGAAAGAAAACCAAGAACAGUGAUGAAUUGUCUAGUCUCUUCGGCUCUCUUUCAUCGAAAAAUGGCACUGCAGAUAAGCCCAAAAAGAAAAAGAAGAAAGGCGACGCAUUUUCCAGCCUCUUCGACUCUCUAUAA